AUGUCCGAUCACAACAUCGCUCCAUGGGAUACGGCUGAGGCUGUUGCCACAAUGCGAAAUACUACCAUGGUGGUCGACGAGAUCCGAGCUGACGUUAUUCUUGAGCUAUCGGAGCAGGCCCCUCUGCCUGAUGAUGGCGAUUCGGUGAUAGCUCCAAUGCCCAAGGAUGAUGAGCCAGACAUACCCCCCGAUGCUCUGAUGGAGAUUCCCUACCACGAGAUGAAGGUUAUGAUCACCACUCCGCAAUACCGAGGUGUUCCGCGUGGUGGCUUAAUCAUUUCCAACUCGGCGAAGAGGGUUGCGAGUGCCUUGUUGACUGAUCCUGAGCCAAGUCCUGUGUUCUCGUUCCGCGACAAGGUCCCGGAUCCAUCUAAGUCGGACUUCCUUCUUCUCCUCUCUUCCAUUCGACGUCGUGGUCCUGCCAUUCACAUGCUCUCUCUGGGGGAAGUGGCUGUUUUGGGCAAGGAUUUGGAGUGUAUUGCAGCCCUAGUGGACCUUCUUGAUGACGGUUAUGUAUACGCGUGUGAUUUCGGAGAGCUCCGGUUCACGACGUAUGCCAUAAUAACCUUGCUGAAAGCAAUCAGGGGAGACAACGCCAACAGCCCACCGCCUACGAAUCUGGCUUUUGUAUUUCUGGACUCUGCGAGGGAGAACGGUGGUUUCUUCAGCUCGGGUUAA